AGAAGUCUCCCAACUCCAGUUCAAUCAUCAUCCCCGUCAACAACAGCGACAACAACAACAACAACAACAACAACAACAACACUUGCAUGACCACACAUACUACACCACGACUUUUUCAACCCAGGUACACCGUCGUCCAUGCCAUCUUUUUGGACUCUUCACAGUCUCGGUCACCAGCAGCAGACCGUCGUACCCAGAACAGGGGCGGUCCGCGCGUUGCUGAUCAGGUUCGUACCCGUCAAUCGCUUGCUGGGAGAAGCAAUGAGUCCAUGUCGAACCUGGACGACGACUUACCACCACCAAUGUAUAAUCCACUAUCGACAGACGCAACCGUACAUCCUUCAUCCGAUGGUCAUGACCUACCGACGGAUUCGUGCAUCUUGGAUAUUCCUCCUCCAACGUACUCUCCAUCCCGGAUAGCUACAACGCCGGCCUCACAUGGAAUUACCGAAACUCGUUCAGGAGCACUUCUAUCGCCACUUCCUGUGCUAGACCCGUCGUUGUCUCCAUCGGGACCAUUGUCACCAUUGCCACCGACGUAUCCACAGGCGAUAGCUCCUCCUCAGCCAGCUCAACUGACAGAGAAUCCGUCUGUUAUGAUUGCUAUUGGAUCUGCCUAGAUAUUACACACAUCCAACUAUGACCGUUUACCAUAUUACCACAUCGACAUAAUAAUUAAAC